GCCGGCAACUAGAUAUUAGCGUAGUAAUAAUCAUCAUCGUCGUCAAGAUUGACAGCAAGCGAAACGGCGCUUUACACAGCCAGCGUUGGUAUGUGCAUGGCAUUGCUGCUGCCGCCGCUGUAAUAAAAGUGAGUGUAUAUGUGUAUGUAACUAGUCAUGAUGACAUUGGUAAUGCUGCUGCUGCUGUAAAGUAGUGUGUGUGUGUGUAUGUGUACUAGUCAUGAUGGCGGACAGCGCGAGUGAAUUGGAGAGUGACACCAGCUCUUUGGACGGUGUUGGAGGCUGUAGUGGGCCCACUAUGCAACCUCCAUCACCUGCACAGGUGGAGCAAAUUCUUUCCAAACGGAUUGAUUCAUUGCAACAGGAAAAUAAAGUGCUCAAAGUUGAACUGGACACUUAUAAACUUAAGUGUAAGACAUUACAAGAGGAAAACCGUGAAUUAAGAAAAGCCAGCGUGAGCAUACAAGCCAGAGCUGAGCAAGAGGAGGAAUUUAUCUGUAAUACUUUGCUGAAGAAAAUACAGAGUCUAAGGAAGGAGAAAGAAGCAUUGGCUAUGAACUAUGAACAAGAGGAAGAAUACCUAACAAACGAUCUCUCCAGAAAACUUAUGCAGUUACGUCAAGAAAAAGUUGAAUUGGAACAGACUCUGGAGAAGGAGCAGGAGUAUCAAGUAAAUAAAUUAAUGAGAAAAAUUGAAAAAUUGGAAGCUGACACUUUAGCUAAACAAGCUACACUAGAGCAGUUGCGCCGAGAAAAAGUUGAAUUGGAAAAUGCUCUUGAACAGGAACAAGAAUCACUUGUGAACAGGCUGUGGAAACGGAUGGAUAAAUUAGAAGCAGAGAAAAGAAUGUUACAAGCGAAACUUGAUCAGCCUGUGUCCUCUCCUCCUUCCCCACGUGAUAUGAAUAAUGGAGACACUGCACAGAACCUUGCCCAGCACAUAGAACACCUCCGAGCUGAGGUAUCUCGCUUGAAGCAGCAAUUACAAGCAGCUCAAACAGAACAUGAAGAGAAAAUGGCUCAAUAUGCACAAGAAGAAAGACAAAUCAGGGAAGAGAAUUUGCGGUUACAACGCAAACUUCAGAUGGAGAUGGAGCGGCGAGAGAGCCUAUGUAGGCAUCUUUCAGAAAGUGAAUCCAGUCUUGAAAUGGAUGAUGAAAGACAUUUCAAUGAAAUGACAAAGCAACAUGACAUGUCGAGUAGUCAAGGUCAUAAUGUCCGUCCACGAACAGUGUCCAGUCCAAUACCGUAUGCUUCACCAACCACAUCCCGACCAUUGUCUCCUGCUUUCAGUCCACCAAGUCCAAUGCGGCGGAAUACGCCAGGGAGCCAGCCAUCAUUCUACACACCCACAUUUCUUCCUGGGACCUCUCCCCCAGUUUUCACACACAGUCCAAACGUUACAGUAAGUAACUCUCCUGAGGACCAGUCGUCUUUCUACCCACCUACCUUUCUUCUGGGAAGCUCUCCCCCUGUCUUCGCCUCAGAUCUUACGAAACCCAGACCAAGCCCUGAGAAGUUUGUACGGCCUGGCAAUGUGCCACAAGACAAAACCUGAUGACACCACUUUCUGCCUCCUCUUGGAAGUAUUGCCCUGACCAUUGUCCCAGCUUUGUCUGUGUGUAUGCCAGUUUGGUUGUAUUAAUGAAUGAAUGUAUAUGUCUGAUAGCAACACUAAGCACCAACACACUCCCCCAAAAUUACUCCUUAUUGAAAUCUUUCAGUCACUUUAUAGUGUAGAGUAGCGCUAUGUGAUAACCUGGUGUAAGUAUGCCAAGAACAGUUUUGUUUUUCAAAGAAUUGUUGAUUAUAUUACUCUACCCAUUAAUGACAGGUAGUUUUGGUUGCUUAUAAGAGCAAAUUACAUUUUGUAAGACAGAAAGGUGUAUUUUCUGGUAGGCUAUCUUUUAAAAAAAUCUACACCUGCUCUGUCAUCUCACUCCUGCUAACACAGUCUCUUACUCAAAUAUCAAGUUGUCUACAUAGGUAUUUGGAGAAAUCAGUUUGACCAAAUAUUUGUAUGUUACAGGUGCCUCUAACUAACUUUAUUAUUUGUCUGGCUGAUAAUUUAGUCGAUCUAUAUACAUUACCCAAAGCUUGUUAAGAUAUGGCUAAAUAUUUGUUGUGAAUGGAUUGAGAGCUGGGAUCAAGAUGAUUUAUAGUUAAGAUUAGUGUAUUAAAUAACAAACACUUAGAAAUUAGAUAACAUAAUCCCGAUUCUCAUUCCAUCUCAGUUAAUAUUUCAUCUACCACAUCCUCUUUCUCUACACUAUAUUAACUUAUUGCAAUUACUCUAAUUAAGAAUUGUUAUACCAAAGAGGAUACCAAACUGAUUGUUGAUUUUUUUUUUGCAGAUCCUUGUUGCCCAUCUCUCCUUUUGGUAUGCUGUUUCUUUCCCCUUUUUCAAUUGAUUUAAAUAUUUUGUCAGUUAACUUGUUAAUCUCUUAUUAACCCAUUUCUCAAGUUGAAAAAAAAAAGAAGUUUCAUUUUUAAUCAUUGUAAGGUUUAUUUCUUCCAAACAUAAACGCUGCUUGCAUACACAACACUCAAAAACACUGUUUGAAUAAUUUACUGCACUCCCCUAUCAUUUAUUUGCUCCUUCCUAUUUUUGUCCUCUGUCAGGGUUAUGUAUGUAUGUGUGUGUAUAUAUAUGUAUAUAU